AUGCGCUGCGAUCAUCUCUGCACAGUGCAACCGUAUCUCACGUCUAUAGGUCUGCUCCAUAUCGCUAGGACAGCUAGUUCCCGAAGCCACUAUCUUCUGUUUCUCUGCUAUCCUCUCAAGUUGCUUCUCUUACAACUCAAACUCUUCACUUUGUGUGACAAUGUAGUAAUCGACAAAAGAGCAUGGUACCUCUCUGAUCGUCGAUAUCACUGUACACUCCGUUUAUUGAUCCGGAUAAGGGUGCUCUUGUCAACUGAUCGUUUUUUUUCGAAGAGCCCCAUUUUCAGGAAUGCUCCCCAGAUGCUCCAUAGUACGUAG